AUGUCACACUUCUUCUACUUGACUCCACAAAUUAUUCUGCCCUUCAGCCCUCUCACCUCUCAACAGUUCGAUCUGAUCAGACGCAAGGCUGGCGUAUCUUGGCAGAAUGAAGCAAGGUGGUCACAUUCCUCUGUGACGACAUACGCAGCCAGUAGUUACCGGCAAAGACAACUGGAUGAGUCCACAUGCAGCCGAUUUUCUCUUAAAGCAGGACAGCAUUGGCCUGAGUGGCAAUGCUUGCUUGCCUAUCUCAACCUCGGACUCCCGGGUGGCCUCACUGUUGCUCAGGAGGAGUACAAACCCAGAAAAGAUGAAAGCUAUGAUAACUCUGACCAGGCCUUGGAGAACAGUCCCGAAGUAUUUGAAAUGAUUUUCCUUUCUGACUUGGUACUUAUACAGACAAAUCCCUUUAUGAAAAAGCAGCAAUUCUAUGCAAUUCCAGUAGAUGUUUUUAUGGAAUUUGACAAGAUGAUUCAAGACAAGGAAAUAGCCAGGACACCCUCAAAAGAGAACAAGGUUAACGGAGAUGGAGGAAAAUGCAGGAACAAUCCCGACUCCUGCUCAACAAUGAGGUCUUGGCAACUUCACUCCCAGUUCCGUGCAGAAAGUAACCUCAGUGGAAGGGCAAGGGCUAACAACCAGGCCAUUUUUCUCCAGCUUCAGGAACCGUGUAAUUCGGCCAGCAAGGUUGGCUCGUCUGAAGACUCAGAAAGUGAUCAGUACUCCGUUUAUAGCCUGGGGGGACCGUUCUCGUCACUGAGCUGAGUCGGAAAACCCAGUCCCAGAGCUAGAGGCCUGCAGCUUCGUUUAAAGACUUUGAGCUCUGACCAGUGUGAGCAACAUUUGCAUCUCCUCUUUUAUAGAUCCAGCGAUCAAGAAAGAAUUUAUCAAUAGAUCUGCUACCUCAUAAAGAAGAGGUCUUGGUUGAUGACUUGAGUCCAUUCAGAGCUUGGACAGGGGAAGAUUGUGCACCUUAGUCCCCACGGUCACCGCACUUUAUUUACCCCGGGGACUGCUUUUUGGAUACCUGCUUUGUUACUUAACGGUAGUUAUUUGCAAAAUAAACCUCAUUUUGGGUAGGA